AUGGACGAGAUGUCUGGCUCUCUCGACGACAUUAUCUCGACCAAGCGCAAGCAGACGCCCCGCCAGCGCCGCCCCAGUGCGACCAAGUCGAGCGCCUCGAAGGGCAAGGGCGCCAAGGCCGCUGCCCUCGGUGGCGCGGCUGCCGCGGCCGUCAGCAAUGCUAACCGCCAGCAGCCCCCUGUCGUGUUCCCCGGCCGGAACGGCAAGGGCCAGGGCAGCAAGGUGAUUGUGAGCAACCUCCCUGCUGACGUGACCGAGGCGCAGGUCAAGGAACUCUUCUCGACGACAAUCGGCCCCCUGCGCCGUGCGCUGAUGAGCUACAAGGCCAACGGCCAGUCGACCGGCGUCGUUACCGUCGAGUUCCAGCGCGCCGAAGACGGCAACCGCGCCUACGCCCAGUACAACAACCGCCUCAUUGACGGCAAGCGCGCGCUCAAGAUCGAGGUCGUGGUCGACCCCGCGCGCGCGCCCGCCGUUCCCGCGAAGCAGGCGCAGCCCAAGGCGGCGCGCGCCAAGGCCGCCGCGAAGAAGACCAAGCCGAAGCGCGUCUCGCGCCCCGCCAAGACCGCCGAGGACCUCGACGCGGAGAUGGAGGAUUACACCAAGCAGGCCGCCGCCGAGAACCAGCCCAUGACCGACGCCCAGCCGUCGGCGUAA